AGAGAAUCCCAAGCAGGCUCUGCACUGUCAGCACAGAGCCCUGUGUAGGGCUUGAAGCCAUGAAGCCACGAGAUCAUGACCUGAGCUGAAACCAAGAGUUGGAUGCUUAACUGACUGAGCCACCCAGGUGUCCCAUAAGUCCUGCUUUUCAUUAUAUUUAGUAGACAAAACUAUUCCAUCAAGUUACUACAACAUUUUUAAAAUUCUUACCCUUAACAUUUCUACUGAUCUCAUUACAGGCCAUUAAUACUUUGCAGAGUAUCACUGGUCCAUGGGCUGUACUUUGAGUAGCACUGUUUUAGUGUGUAUGGACAAUCUCCUAGAAGGCAGAACAUGUGUGCGCUAACGUGUAGAUGGGAACAAAACAGAAUAACAUUUAGUAGCUAGCAGUUCAAACCCAUUUCUUGACCUGGACAAUGUAUGAGGGAUGUCUGAAGCCUCUGGAAUGUCCUUGUCUGAUUGUUACUCUGCCCCUUCCCAGGUCUUGAAGUUGUUGCUCUUUGCCUUUCAGCUCUGCAGUUCUCUAAUUUCUCUUCACUUUGGAGAUUUUCAAAAGAAACAACCAGACGAUGAUUCUGCUCCAAGUACCAGUAACAGCCAAUCAGAUUUGUUUUCUGAAGAGACCACCAGUGACAACAACAAUACCUCGAUAACCACGCCAACUCUUAGUCCCAGCCAGCAGCCGCUUCCGACAGAACUGAAUGUAACUUCACCAAGUAAAGAGGAGUGUGGGCCAUGCACAGACACAGCUCAUGUCUCGUUAAUCACACCAACCAAAAGAUCCUGUGGUACAGAUUCACAGUCUGAGAAUGAGGCUUCGCCAGUGAAACGGGCACGACUACUGGAGAACACCGAACGACCUGAGGAAACCAGCCGGUCUAAACAGAAGAGUCGACGUCGGUGCUUCCAGUGUCAGACCAAACUGGAGCUGGUGCAGCAGGAAUUGGGAUCAUGCCGCUGUGGUUAUGUGUUCUGUAUGUUACAUCGCCUCCCCGAGCAGCAUGACUGUACAUUUGACCACAUGGGCCGCGGCCGAGAGGAAGCCAUCAUGAAAAUGGUGAAACUGGACCGGAAAGUGGGGCGCUCCUGCCAGCGCAUUGGGGAGGGGUGCUCCUGAAGGCCAGGCAUGGCCGCCACAUGACGCUGUUCUUAGUUCACUAAUGUUAGCCUUAUUUAGGACAAAGUCAGCCAGACACCUUGUACUGGGCACGCGUCAGACUACAGCCAGUCCGUUUCCUUUCUUUAGCCAGCCAUCCUGGUACUGUAGUGUUUAGGGGUUGAUGGUGGUUGAAAUUGAUUUCUGGCUGGUUACUAAGGUGCCUGCUAGCCAUUGUAUAAAAUUAAAACGUGAAGAAUAUUUUUUUUUGAGCAUGGCUAGUGGAUUUAAAACAACACAUACCUGUCACUGCUGGAGUCAAACUUAUAAAAAGCCUUAAGCGGAAAGUGUUCCAGACGGAGACUCUGAGUUAAUAGAGGAGUAGAAGCUGGUGUUACAGUUCCCAUGACGCACAUGGCUUUGCCAGAAACUCUGGUUAAUGUUCGGCCUUUCACCUCUUCACUUAUCCUUAGUCCCAGUAGCCAGGAUACCUGAUGGCCACGCGUGCCUUGGCCACAGGAGGCUGUUGAGAUUGGCCACGUGGCUGGGCUGGGUGGUGGCUUUGCUCUCCCACAGAGCUGGAAAUGGGGGUGGGGGGGGGCAGGUUCUUAGGAAAAUUUUUUUACCUGACUUGCUAUGAAAAAACUCUCUCAUCACAGGAGAAGAGAAACAAUAACCUCACUUUGAAAAUUAGUUCCAUUCAAGACUAGUCCAUGUACAAGACCCAUCUUUUCUACACAGGACCCACGGUCGUGAGAAGCAGCCAGGGCGCACCCUGACCCCACUGGCUCUGGUUUGCCAUUUGCCAAGUGCAGGGAUCUGGCAAUUGAUCAAAUAAGGCUAAUUACAGCACAGCAGCUGCGGCUGGGAUCUACAAACUGGCCUCUGCAGCUAAAUUUCUAUAUUGGGAUUUUUUAAAAAGACAUUUCAUGGCCAACGGGAAUCAGUAGGAAGGCUGGGGAGAGUCUGGGAAGCUGCUGUCUGCAGACUCUGCCCCUUCCAGUGGCACCCACUCAGCCCUCUGUGGGCCGAGAGGAUGGUGCCAUGGCCUUGCCCCUUGUGUCUGUGCAGCUCUGUAGUCCAGGGACAACCUCUACCACAUAGGUUUAGGACGGACAGGCAGCAUACGCCAGAGGAGCUGUGGGUUGAUCUGUCUAGAACAGUGGUUCGUGGCCCGGCCCAGCUCUGAGAGACCUUUGCUCUGGCAGUGGGGUGGGAAGGCACAUUUAUCAGCCUGUCCCUCUUCAUGCGGGCAGAAAGGAGUCAGUAGCCACGAUAGCUCAGGCCAGGUGGGGAGGGUGGCUCUGGGCCUGUUUGCCCGUGUUAGGGAAUCGUCACCGGUCGGGUAGGGGCGGGGAGGGUGGACAGGAUUAAGAUUCCUGCCUUAAGCCUGAACAGGGUUGAGUGGCCCAGAGACCCCAUCUGGUCCAGGCUGGUGAGAGUCGGAGGCUCCUGCAGAGGCGGCUUGGAUCUGCCCACACACAGGCUACUGGAAUAGUUAACCCAGCAAACUUUCCCUUUUAUACCACAACAAGCAGCUCGACUCUGUCUGCAGUUCACAGCUACACACCUGCAACUACAAGUGGUUUUGAUCCGGAAUACUGAAAUAGGAAAUCAUGCUCUUCCCAGCCUCUUCCUUCCAUCCCACCCCCACCAGAGUGGAAUCCGCUGCAAAAUCUCCAGCCUUAUUCUUGCUUCAGGACCCAGACUGGUGUCUUGCUCUAAGGCAGCCCAGGGCAGAGGGGCCAGGUCUGCCCGCGUUUACCACUGUUGUCAAGCCACGGCCCUCUGGCCAGUACAUGGCCAUCCUCAGUGAGGCGGCCGCCUAGGCCCCCCCCCCCGCCAAGCUCUGAUCCCGAAGAGGCCACCCACGCGCCCUUCCGGCCCUCCUCAGGCCCCACCGCUGCUGCUUCGAGGCAGGGAUGGGAGGCAGGCUCUCUGGGGAGCCUGGUGGCACACAGGGCUCGCAGCCCAUGUUCACUUCCUGAUGGUAGAGCUGGGGGUGGGGGGAGGGCUUGUUCCCCUGCAGUAUCUGUUCUGUGAAGUUUGUUAAAUGUAAGGAAAGCUUAAAUUCUUGUAUCUUUAAAAGAGAAGAUCUUAUUUAACCCUUUUGUGUUUUAGAUUUACUUACACACAUAGCCUAGAGCUCAGUUUUAGUUUUAACAUUGUGAAAAUAUUAAAAGAAUCUUGUAACUUUAUUCUUUUUUCUCCUGCUGAAAAAAAAUUAAACCAAUCGUAUGAAAGUUUGGAUUUCUCUGUUUCGCCAGUUCUCCGAAGUGCUACCUGUAUAACCAGAAAAACGGUACAGUGUCUCCCUGGCCAGAGCUAGGAAGAGAUGAGGGAGGAGGUGGCUCUUGUGUGCAGCGUCCCCUCCAUUCUCUCCGCGGGGGGGGGGUCAAACGUCCAGACUAAACAGUUGCUCUCCUUGUUUCUGUUGGCGGGUUGUGCCUUGGGAGCCCCCCGGGCUGACCCUGGAUGAAGGUGUGCCUGCUGGGCCAAGUCUUUGCUGGCAGCAAGGAGGUCACCCAUGUAGGGGAGAUAGGAAGAAAUAAACACCAGCCCUGAGGGAGUCCCUCAGUUGUGCCUGCCUUAGGGGUGCCUGGGUCCUGGGGGGCAGGGAGGGGCAGCAUCUCAGAGACCCAGAUCCCACCCAUGGGAGGAUCCAACUCUGGUGUGGAGGAGGCAUUCGAUACGUCUUCAGGUGUUUGAAAAUGUGGCAGGAGAGUAGCAUCCCUCCUUCCCACCUUUAGGGCAGAAUAUUUGACCACACAGUUGCCAUGAAGAUGAUGAGAAAUCCUAGGAGGAAAUUAGAGGUGUAUGGUGGAGGGGAACAGGCAGAUGUGUGCAAAGAGCACAGGAGUGUGGUGGCCUUGGAACCCGCUAAAUGCACCUCUGUCCCUGGUUAGCACCUCCUGUUGAUCUGGGAGGUUUUGUUUCUGCCAGCAGGAGCCCACAGCCAGAAGAGAUGGCUCUGGAAAGAAGCCACAGCAAGGAACAGGAGCAGGAAGCCCACCCCCACCCCGCAGGCAGAUUGGGGGUGGGACAUGGUCCUCAAGGCAAACUGAGAGAGCCCUCUGGCUCCAAAGAAGGAACGAACUGAGAGCACUCCAGCAGUCAGCAGAGCAACAGAAAUACCCGGGAAAAUUCUGCAGCUGUCUCAAAAACGUAUCUCCUUUACAGCCAUUCUCAAACCUGCCUAAAGGAGGGCUCCAGAAGAAGAGGAAUAAGAAGAGAAAAACGUGGAGGCCUGGAAACUCAGGAGAGGACUGGGAAGGGAUGUCACGGGGGAUGCAGCCAGCUGUGGGUGGUGUGGGCAGUGAGAGUCUCAUGGGUCUCAGAGGGUCCACACUUGAUCCAUGCCUCUGUCCCAGGGUUUGGGCAUGAAUCUCAUAGAUAGAAAAGUAAGCAAAUUAAAAUAGAUCAUUUAUUAAUGCCACACAAAAAAUAUUAAGAGGAGCCCAGAGACCUUACAUGACUCAGCUGUGAUUGUUAUAAAUAAUGAUGAAUGUUGCUCUGGCAAAAACUGGUGACAGAACUCUUCGGAGACCAGAGUACGUGCAUGCGUAUGUAUAGAGUAUAAUGGGGCUACGUUCUCAUCGUCCUUAGUGGGAAGUUAAAUAAUGUGUAAACUGGAAAGUCAAGAGAGCAAUGUGAGCAUGUUAUUUAGAAAUGUGGAGGUAUAGGCGCUUGGGUGGCUCAGUAGAUUGAACAUCUGACCGGCUCAGGUCAUGAUCUCCUGGUUUAUGAGUUCAAGCUCUGUGUGGGGCUCUGCUGACAGCUCAGCCUGGAGACUGCUUUGGAUUCUGUGUCUCCCUCUCUCUACCCCUCCCCCUGAUCUCUCUCUCUCUCUCUCUCUCUCUCUCUC